UUAUUCAAGUAUAUAAAAUAUCCAAUUGAAAGUUUAUAUAUAUUUCCUGUUUCAUUUAAAGAAUAAAAAAAGAUGAUUGAAGCUGUGAGAUGUCGAUUAGGAGGAAAGACACCAAAGACUGAAUUGGAUUUCAAUUUCAUACCAGUCACAAAACGCCACUUUAGGGAGAGUCGAGAAUGGAGGCGAAAGAGGGGCCGGAUUAUUGCAAAAAUUCGAGCGUUGGGAAGGUUCCAAUUGGCCUUUUUGCUUUCUAGGAUGCCGUGCAUCGACAAAUUGCCUGAUCGAGUUCUUCAUUUAAUCUUCUCAUAUUUGCCAACAAAACAAAUGCUCAAUGCAAGCAGAGUUUGUAGACGAUGGAAGGCAAUUAUUGAAAGUCCUGGAUUGUGGACAAAUAUAUCUUUUAGAGUUGCCCAUGGUGGAAUUCAAGUAACCAAUCUUGAACACUUUACUCAAUUAAUACCUAUACGUUUCACUGAGCUUCGUUCUUGUGAAUUAGCAACAGAUUUAAUUACCCCAAAUAUUCUUCACGAAUUUUCCAAUCGUUGUCCAAAACUUCAAUAUUUAACUCUCGACUUUUCUACAGCAAUGCAACUUCACGAUUUUAAUGAUCUCCAAUCAUUUCCCAGUAGAUUGCGUUCUUUGACCAUUUGUUUGAGUGAAAAUAUUUUUCUUGAAGGUUUUCUGCGGAAAGUUUACACAUUUAUUUCGAGUGUUGAAAUUUUGCAUAUUAUUGGAACAUACGAAAAAGUCGAGGAUGAAGAAGAAGAAGUUUAUGAAACGGUUAAUGUAUUCAAAUUGAAGCAAUAUUUGCCAAAUUUAACAGUGGUUCCUUUUAUUACCGAUGACCAUGUAGACGCUCUAUCUUCAAAUUGUGCCCGUUUACAGUGUUUAUGUAUUAAUUAUUGUACUAAAGUUACUGGAUCUUGCCUUCGUUUAGUCCUUCAAAGAUGUAAAAGGCUUACAACACUCCUUUUGGCUUAUACAACAUUAGAUGACAGUAUAAUCCAACAAUUAGAAUGGGAAAAAACGCGAAUAGAAGAAUUGGAUAUUAGAGCAACUGAAUUAAGUGCAGAAACGCUUAUUUCUUUGUUAACUAGACUACCGCAUUUACGUUGGUUAGACGCUAGCUGGCUAGAAAACUUUACCGACCAAGUUCUCGACAGAUUUAUGGAGUCAACCACAAUAAACAAUAUUGAAUAUUUAUCAAUGGAUACUUGUGAUUCUCUUUCAGAAUUUGCUUUGACUGAUUUAGUUGCACGUUUUGGGCAUCAAUUAAAAGCUAUAAAUUUGGGAGGGCAUGGCAAAUUACUCGAAUAUUUUUGGAUGAAUUCAAUUACCCGAUUAAACAAUGUUUGUGUGUUGGUUAUGGGGGUAGCUGAAGAUUGUUGUCCAAAGGUGACAGCAAAAAUACACAUUGAUCAGUUUAUUGAUUGUAUAGCUCAAAACUGCCCUUCACUAACCCGCCUAGAAAUUCGUUGGGAUGAUGGAACUUUAAGAUUUUCUGAUAAAUCGAGCAAAUUCAUCGAUGUUCUUCGAAUGAAAUGCCCAAAAUUGCAUUCAAUUGUAUUAAGUGACGGGCAAUAUUAUGAAUUAGUUAGAUCCAAUUUUGAAAGAGCAGAUCGAAUGUCAGUUGUUAGAACAACAGAAAUGUGUAGAACAGGAAUUCUUCAAUGCUCAAAAUUUUAUAAUCAAUUACUUUUUAACUGA